AAGUUACUGGUUUUACAACCAGGGGCUUAUAAAUGUAUUGUAUCCAGAGAUGUUACUUUCAAUGAAUGUGAUUUUCCUUGUAAAAGAACUGAUACUGCUUCAAGUAAGUAUGCAGGUGUUUCUGAUGGAAAUUUCUUUGAAUCUUUGGAUGAUGAUGACUCUUUGUAUAAAGAGGAUCAUAGUGGAAUUCUCCACAAUGAUGCAAAUGAUUAUUCAGAGUCUGACACAGAUCAACAAGAUGACCUCAAUGGAGGUGAACAGGUAGUGGUGAGUUCAGACUCACAAGGGAGUUGGAGCAAAUGGAUGUUAAAACUGCUUUUUUGCAUGGAGACUUAAAAGAAACCAUUUU